CAACAGGCUGAUACAGUGUAGGUUUGAAUGUGCCAGUGAAGAGGACAGCUGAGAGAGGCUGACCCCGCUCACAGCAGACACAGGCACACUGACCACCUCCACUGUCACUGAGGGAAAAGAAGCCCUCAAGAACUUCCGGGGCGACUGGAGCAAAGAGGAAAAAGACAACGACGGUCUGAAAGAUGGCGGCGCACAUGCAGAAGAAUAACAAGCCAGGGAAACCUGGAGGAAAAGAGGCUCAGCCUCUGAUUAUCGCCAAAACUCCGGCGGAGGAACAGCGUCUGAAGUUGGAGAGGUUGAUGCGGAACCCGGAUAAACCCGCUCCCAUCCCGGACCGGCCCAAAGAGUGGAACCCGCGGGCUCCGCCGGAGUUCGUCCGGGAUGUGAUGGGCUCCAGCGCCGGUGCUGGCAGCGGGGAGUUCCAUGUUUACAGACACCUCCGACGCAGAGAGUACCAGAGGCAGGACUUCCUGGACAAGAUGUCAGAGAAACAAAACGAGGACCUGGACUACCUGGAUAAGGUGGAGCAGAAUAAACAGGCGGCCGAGGAGAGAACCGCGAAGCGCAGGAAGAAGCGAGAAAAGCUGAGGAAGAAGAAGCUGAUGGCAAAGAAGGCAAAGGAAGAGGCCAAAAAGAAAAACGAGGAAGACUCCGACAACAGCUCGGACAGCAGUGAGGAGGAGGAGGAGGGAAAGGAGGAGGAGGAGGACAGGGAGGCUGAUGAUGAUGCCGAGGCUCCGAGCUUCAUAAUGGGGAGGAAAUAACGCCCCCUGCCUCCUGCAGGGGGGGGUUCUGGGACUGGGUUCUGGUUUUAAUGGUCCUUCAUAGUGACACUGUGGCUGAUUGAUCAUAAAACUUUGGAUCCCAUAACACCGGAAACAAGUAAAAACUGAUUUGGAACCAGAUUAAGAGCCCUGUACAAGAGGAUGUGCUUCCUGUUUGACUGUUAAAUUACCAGGAAAAACCUGGACAGACUUUAACAGGCGGAAACCACCUCGAGUGCAUGGUUGUAAGCAGACAAUGGUGGACACUGUUCCAGCUGGAAAAGAGACAUGCUGAGACACUUCAGAGUUUUCAUUAUGCUGUUCAUAAACUCCCUAAAGUGUUUGUAGUUGUUAUGUGUCAGAUAGCAGGCCAUGUCAUCUUCAGGGCUUUCUUGAGUUUUCCAGAAUCUUGACCUGAUUGAAUCAUUGUGAAUACUUUUACAUUUUAAUGUAAUUUUAAUAAAAACGAGGAUAUACAUGGUCA